AUGGCUGCAAGAGGUAUGGAUCUAGUGUUCAUACCACCUACUAUUCAGGAUGGGGUUAAAAAGGAAUUGAUUAUGAUGUCAUGGACAGAGGACUUUGAUUUGUACAAUGAAGUUCUUAAAACUAUUCCAUUAUGGGUAAGCUUCCUUAACUUGUCUUUGAACUGUUGGGGACGAUUGACAUUGAGUAGAAUUGCUAGUGGACUAGAAACACCUUUGUAUGCUGAUGAAUGUACAAGUAAUGCUUCUAGAAUUUCCUAUGCUCGAGUGCUUAUAGAGAUGGAUAUCAGCAAGGAGUUACCUAAGUGUAUCAAAAUUCAAGAUCCUUCAGGCAAAGAGUUUAAGCAAAUGGUGGAGUAUGAUUGGGUUCCUCAGUAUUGUAAGAAGUGUUUGAUGGUGGGUCAUGAUUGUGAAAGAGAUCAAGGAAGAACUGGAACAACAAAAAGAAGUGUGCAAAAUGAGCAACAUCAGACUAAACAACAAGGAAGGAGUACCAAUGUAAUUGGGAAUAUACAGCAAACAAGGAAACCAACAACUCAAUGGGUGGAAAUAGGGCUAUCAAAGCAAGCAGAGAGGGACACGGGCAAACAGAUCUAUCAAGGAGAUGAAACACAGGAUCCAAAAGAAUAUCAACAAGUAUGGACAAAAGCAAAGGGCAGGGUGGAACUGACAAGUCCUAUACAGCAAGUUAUAAGGACUACCAAUAGCUUUUCUCCAUUGAGAGAAGUAGCAAAUGAAGGCAAAACAUGGGCAGAUAAUGAUAAAGCUGGAGGUAGUAGGGGACAAGUCAAAAAUAGUAGCUCCAGCAAGCAAUUUGCUUUUACAGCUAUAUAUGGACUGCAUAUUGUUGCUCAUAGGUGUGAUAUGUGGGAAGAAUUAAGGAAAAUUGAUUCACAGAUGGAUAGUACUUGGCUGCUCAUGGGGGACUUUAAUGCAGUACUGGACAAAGAAGACAGGGUAAAUGGUACAGAAAUACAGGAUAAUGAAAUCAAGGACUUUAGAGCUCUAAUGGAGGAUUGCAGGUUAAAUGAACUAGAAAACUGUGGGAAGAACAUACACAUGGACAAACAGCCAUGUGUUUAG